UCUGCCCCCAGAUGGCGGGUCGUGAUGUUGUGAACAGCUGAUGCAGACGAACUAACACCCGGACUUUGCCAUUAUGUAAUAUUUGGAUUUGUUGAAAAUUUUACUCAUAUCUUUAGUGUUUAUUUAACCAGAUAUGAAAAAGUACCACAAAUGUGUCAGUUUCAAGAGAAUUUACGAUAUCCCCAACAUUGCGUAAGGCAGGCCUAUUUGGUUGUAAUAAAUCGGGUCAUUUGGAUGACCUGACGAAAACUAAGAUAAUAAUGACCCCAUUGAUCUGUAGAACGGAAGUAAAAAGUGCACUGAACAGCUUUGCAAGAAGCAGCCUCACGCGUGCAUUGCUUGAGAACAGUAGACCUUUACUUAUAUCAGGGGUGAGUGGUAUAGGCCUAUAUUCCAGACGUAUACCAGGGGUGAGUGGUAUAGGCCUAUAUUCCAGACAUAUACCAGGGGUGAGUGGUAUAGGCCUAUAUCCUGGGACCCCAAACAGCCAACAGAAAGCGUGGAUCUCAAGCACCCCAAAGGAGAGGAGUUACUAUGAUAUACUCCAGAUCACGCCAAAGGCUACGCAAUCUCAGGUAAAGAAAGCCUACUACAAACUCUCCAAGACGUAUCACCCUGACCAGUAUAGAGGGACUGAAGAUGCUGCCCUUAAGUUUCGAGAGAUCACAGAAGCCUAUGAGAUCUUGGGCAACCUCAAGAAGCGCAGGAUGUAUGACAAAGGCCUACUGAACAUGAACAUUGCUGCGUCGCCAGCCGAAGCAGAAGAAUAUUCCUCCAAGUUCUAUGAGUCCCGGAGCAAGCGAGGGAAAGCCCCAACAGCAACGGGACGGACACCAAUAUAUGACUUCGACGAGUGGUCUAAACUCCAUUAUGAAAGCAGCUUUGCACGCAGAGAGAAUGCUAAGGAGCGCUAUGAGAGGUUGCAGAAGGCACGGACAGAUAUUGUUGAGGAGAAAAAAUCUGAAUCUGUUGUCUAUAUCUUAAUUGUGGCCAUAGUGCUCUAUUGUAUGAAAAUUUCAUUCUCCACUCCAGUUCAUGAUAAAGUGAAAGAAAAAUAGCGAAAAUUUUCUUUGUUGUUAAUGUUGACCUAAUUUGAAUCUAAAACAAUAUGUGAGUUUUAGAUAUGAAUAUAGUUCUGAUACAGAAAAUUUACAAGUAAAAAUUUGAUUGCGUCAGAAAUAUUUUUAACCUGGAACUUAUAAUGAGUAUAAAAAAUAGGGAGAAUUAUUUAUCAGAAUAUUUAUUUUAUAUGCCUUCAGGAAUCAAAGAUGCAUAAUUUUCUGUGCAUACUUGUAAAUAUAUAAAAUGCUAUAUUAAUAGCAUACUCGUAAUGUACGUAAAUAAAUAAACAAGCAUAA